UUCCUCUUUUCUCAUUUCCGGUUUUCCCCAACCCCCCCCCCCCCCCCUCCUACCAUUCCUCCGCCGCGUCCUCGCGCGGCGCCGUCAAACCCCAUGAAACCAAAAACACAUACAAAAAAUAAUAAUAAUAAUAAUAAUAUUCAAUACCCAUUUCUAAUUUUUCUCUCUGAUCCUUCCGGCAUGCAGUUUCCAAUGCCACAUUUCUUCUCUGUUUCUCUUCUCAUUUCCCUUCUUCUUUUUUCCAAUUUUUCUCUCUGUUUUUCACAAGACUACAUUAUUGGCGGUGGUGGUGGCGGCGGCGGCGGUGAUGAUGACGACGAUGCCAAGCCAGCUGCGCCACCGCCAGAGCAGAAUGACUGUAAUGGGAUAUUUUUGUCUUAUACAUUUAUUUCGCGGGAGAAAGAGCUGCCACGGUUGAAGAAUGCCACGGCUCAGGCGUGGGCGUUUAAGUCGGAGGCGGUGAUUUUGAAUGCGGGAUCGACGGAGCUGAAGGCAUGGAAGAUGUUUAUUGGAUUUCAUCACCAUGAGAUUUUGGUGUCGGCGAAUGGUGCGGUAGUGAUGGAUGGGUCGGAUUUCCCUGUGGAUGUUGGGAAUGGGACUACUUUGGCUGGGUAUCCAAUGACGGAUCUCAAAACGUCGAUUGAAACCGCCGGAGAUAUAAAUCAGAUUCAGGCUACGGUGGAGCUGACGGGAUCGCAAUUCGGAAUUAAGCCGCCGGGUGUUCCGAUGCCGAAGACCAUUCGUCUUGUUAACGAUGGAUUUAAGUGCCCUGCCCCUCGCCAUCGCGGUAAGAGAUCAAUGCAUGUAUGCUGCAAAAAGGAUCCAAAGUUCAAGGUGAAAAAAGAAAAAAAGACCAAAUUUUUCGAUCGCCAAAACGGAGAUCUCUCACUCACUUAUGAUGUAAUGCAAGCUUAUGGAAAUAAUUAUCUUGCUCAAGUUACAAUAGACAACAACAACCCUCUUGGCCGUCUUGAUCAUUGGAACUUAACUUGGGAAUGGAUGAGAGGAGAAUUCAUUCAAAGCAUGAGAGGAGCUUACACUCAUACGAGAGAUUUAUCUCAAUGCGUUUAUGGUACUGCUGGCCAAUACUAUCAAGAUUUCGACUUCUCUCAAGUCAUGAGUUGCGAUAAGCGACCCGUAAUCGCUGACCUUCCCGCCGAUCGUGCUAAUGAUGAUAAAGUCGGCAAGUUGCCGUAUUGUUGUAGGAAUGGAAGCUUAUUGCCAACAUUAAUGGAUGAGAGUAAAGCAAGGUCUAUUUUUCAACUACAAGUCUAUAAGCUUCCACCGGAUAUGAACAGAACGGCGCUUAAUCCACCACAGAAAUGGAAGAUCUCUGGCGUUCUGAAUCCGAAGUACGUUUGUGCGGCACCACUCCGAGUCGAACCAACGGAGUUCCCUGACCCGAGUGGACUUCAAGCAACGAGUACCGCAAUUGCAAGUUGGCAAAUUAUAUGCAACAUUACAAGGCCAAAGGUGAAGCAAUCAAAAUGCUGUGUUUCAUUUUCAGCUUAUUAUAAUGACUCUGUUAUUCCUUGCAAUACUUGUGCUUGUGGGUGUGACGAUAUUGAUACUGAUACUUGCAAUCCAAAUGCAAAUGCAAUGCUGCUCCCUCCAGAAGCACUUUUGGUUCCAUUUGCUAACAGGACAGCGAAAGCUAGAGCCUGGGCUAAAAUUAAGCAUUACCGAAAUCCCAAAAAACUGCCAUGUCCUGAUAAUUGUGGGGUUAGCCUAAAUUGGCAUAUCAACUCUGAUUAUACUAAUGGAUGGACUGCAAGAUUAACACUCUUCAAUUGGGAAGAUUAUCCAUUUGAAGAUUGGUUUACUGCCAUUCAGUUAAACAAGGCCGGUCGCGGUUACGAAAACGUUUAUUCCUUCAAUGGAACCAAGCUUCCCAACAUCAAAAAUACAAUCUUCCUCCAAGGUUUGCCUGGUUUAUCUUACUUGAUGGGAGAGGUUAAUGGGACCAAUCCUAAAACUGAUCCAAGAGUUCCUGGGAAGCAACAAUCUGUUAUUUCUUUCACCAAGAAGGGUCUACGCAACAUCGACAUACUACGGGGCGAUGGUUUCCCAAGCAAAGUCUUUUUCAAUGGCGAAGAAUGUGCGCUUCCAAAGGUUAUUCCCACCGCAAGUUCAGCCCACCACCGUUCUUGGGACGGUUUCAUGUCACUUCUCUUCAUCUUAGCUCUUACAUUCGUGUUUAUAACCGAUCGCGUCCAUUGAUUCGACGAAUAGUUUCUUCACAGAUUUCAGCUUGGUAGGCCAAAUGAUGUCUUGGAAGACAGUUUUGAAUUCUUGGAUUUUUACUUGAAAGCUUGACCUUUGUUUUUUUCCAACCUGAUAUUUCUAUUUUUUACAUCA